AUGAAGAUUACUCAGCUUUGGUACUAUCCUAUCAAAGGACUUCGAGGUAUUCAAGUCGAGUCGGCCAAAUUAGGCCCACAAGGGCUUCAAUAUGACCGUCGUUUUAUGCUUUAUAAGAUCGAGAAGUCGGGCGACUUCAGCAAGAUUCAAUUGUCUGGUCACCCAGAAUGCAGCCUUUUCGCACAAGAAGUCGUUGGCGACAAGAUCCGGGUCAAGUACCUGAUUCCAGAAGAACCGCUUGUGCCAUGGAAACCAGAGCAGGACACUGUCCUUGAAGUCCCAAUUGAACCGGAUAUCAAUGAAUUGGCCAAGGCCGACGUCAGCCUACAUCAAAGUCGUGUUAUUGCAUACCGCAUGGGACCCAAAUAUGAUGCAUGGUUCACCGCUUGCUUUGGUUUCGACACAGCUCUCGUCUUCAUCGGCGAUGGUCGACGCCCUGUGCUGGGAACAUUCUCCCCCAAGUCUCAGGCUACUCCUCCGUCAUGGCCAAUGCUGCUUCUCAACCACCUUCUAGGAAAGAAAGCCACCGAGGACGAUUGGAUCACAUUUACUGAUUGUGCGCCCUACCUGUUCACCACAGAAGAAUCUCUUAACAACGUCAAAGCCCGGCUAUCGACAUGCGACGUUGAAUGA